AUGGAGGAAACCAGUGUCUCAAUAGUUCUUGAGCAAUGUGAAAGUCUCACAUACAAUGAACGUACGAAACAAAUGCUCAAACUCGGCCGACAAUCCACCACAAAUCCUUCCGUCCGAUCCACGAUUUACAAGUUGCUCGAUGGUUCUGUAUAUGAACAAAAGCUCGUUCUAGAUUCUUGUUAUGGAAGCCAGGAUGUCGAUCUUGCAAUUCAGUAUAUCUCCCAUGCCUCACCAUCCAAAUGGCUCCAAACUCGAGCUAUGCAUUUGAUCGAGCUUUUGGGGACCGAUGAACAAAUUCUUCAGGCAUUGGAAUUCAUUCCAUUGAAGUUGCAGAUCAAAUCAUUGGGUCGGUUGAAAAAUGCGAAACGCUGGAGACGGCUCAAAACGAAAGAGAGAGUGAUUGAUCAAUAUUUGGAUAAUAUCAACGACAAAGAAGAAUCGGCCCUAUUCCGUCAAUUAUUACCUCUCUCAUCUUUACAGUAUGUCUCUGAGAAUCUGCCGCGCCUGGUAGCAAAGCUUUCGGAAAAAUAUUGGCUCAAGUUGGCGACUCAUUAUCCUGUGACUGUACAAGCUCAUUUGGAACAUUGGAUCGAGUCAUCAGAACUGGAUAGUCCAAUUUUACUGGGCAUCGCAAAUUCGAUUAUCUCUAAAUGGACAAAAAGAAGACCUGAUUCAGCCUUAAAACUUGCUGAGUUAAUGGUAGAGAAGUUCCCGAUAUCUCGGCUACCGCUACAAAAGUUGUUGUCGACCAGGCCCCAUGCUUGCAUGAAAUUAAUACUUGAGAAUGAUGAUACUGCUUUGGAGAGUUUGUAUUUUGAUAAUGGCAUCCUCAAAUGUCUAUCUCCUGAGCAUAUCCUCGUUUUGUUUGAACACAGAAUAAUCACUAGCUGGGAUUUCAAGACUCUUACUCAUGAACAGCGUUCGGUCUUAUACCCCGUCAUACGUAAUAUAUGGCGUUCUGAAGCCGGUGUUCUUGACAUCACUGUUGUUUCGCAUCUACCAAAUCCUUAUCGAAUCGAAGAGGCACAUCGGCAUAUUGCCCUUUCUACUUACCAAACAAAACCUUCUGAUCGUAUUCCCUACAUUGGUUUACUACCCUGGAAAGAGGGACUUGAAUUUCAAAAGCCAUUCCUACAUUCCAGAGAUGCCGAUAUUCGUUCUUCUGCAUUAUCAUCUCAACUUGAGGGAGCGAUGUACAAUGAAGAUUACAUUUCGGAUGCAUUGGAUCUUGUUAUACGAUACAAGAACGAUCAAGAUCCAAUUCGACGUUCAAUGCUCAUGGCUCUCUCGAAAAUACCCGGUGGGCGAUGGAACGAGGAACACCUCCCUCUGCUGGCGCAAAUUUUUAGACACGCAUUGGAAGCGAGUGAUCUAUCUCACUUCAGUAUAGAUUACAUACACGAAAUACUAUCCCGUCUUUUGACUUGGUUUCCUGAAUGGACCGCUUCUCAAAUAGUACUCUUUGUCAAGGGGGGAAAGUUGCAACAUUACGACAUGUUCUCUCACGCAUCAGGAAAGUUUGCUCCAAGCAUGAUCAUGCGCAUUAUUCAAACUGCCUUAUCGCCAACCCUCCAGGAUCUCUCCAAAAAAAAUGAUUUGAGUACACUCCUAAUCUUAGCUGAUCUUUUCUCAGAUCAUCUCGGAUUUUGGACGGAAAUACUUGACAUCUUUGAGCGUGCUAUAGAUCCUGAAGAAUCCAAGGAUCAUGACAAUGGUAGCAAAGUUCUUCAAUUUCUCCAACGACAUCAUCGUGCAACCUUCUUUCGUAUUGCCCCGCAACUUUUAGAACCAAAGUCCAUGCGAUUUAUCGACGCCCAGCUUAUAGUCCGUCAUAUUCUUAUACACCGACAAGACCUAGUCCCAAGAUUAUUCACAUAUCAUAAUUCUGGGUCACAACGUGAACUUCUUUGGCCUCGUCUUUGUUUUGGGGAUUGGCCAUGGACCUAUCGAACAUGGACACAAAAACAGCAAGAAGAAUUUGCUUCUAUACUCGAAAGCCGCAUGGAGACCGAAGACUCAAUACACCAGAACUCAUUAUACAUCAGGACUCUUGGUCUCCUAAAUUAUACCGAUCCAAGAAUACUUAUGCAUCUAACUACCUCAUCUAAUCCCGUGAUGUAUGAGAAUGCUACAAAAGCUUUGGCAAAAUUUGAGACAGAUGCAGGGCACAAGUCUAUUUUAUUACUGCUAAAGUCUUCUGACGCGGAUCAAAGUUUGGUUGGUGAUGUUAUUGACAAUGAACAAGUAGAAGAAAUGAGCAAAAAGGCCAAAGUGGCGGCUUAUUCGUUGCAGUACAUCAUUCAAUCUAUGAGUACCACUCAAGCAUUCAAUCUACUCACUGGCAUUCUUCGCCAACGCGUUACAAUUGCAAAGGAAAUAUUUCGACUGAUUGGAACACUUGAAACGGAAAAGGCCUAUCAAUUUCUCCUCUCAAUCUCGACCGCCGAAAACCUACAUCCGGACUCAUAUGGUGCAAUUCUCCAAGCCCUUGCUCACGAAACCUAUCUUUCGAAACAUCAAACCUGGGACGUCUACAAAAUUGCCGCUUCCAAAAACAGCAGCAAUAAUACCGAGACACAACAAUCCCUCCUCGCAAUCCUCGCCUCUUUCUUUUCAAUUCCCGCUAUCAUCUCAAAUCCUUCCAACAUUCAAAACAUCCUCGAAAUGUGCCUAACGCUCCUUUCCUCACCAUCCAUAGAGCUCCACAUCCAAACUCUCAAAACACUGAGUAUGAAGCCACGCCUUCCAUUCGAAAUUUCCGAGCUAGGGUUUCAUUCCCUCCAAAGUCGACUUUUAGAGUUGAUACAGUCGAGGAAUGUCGAUGAACAGAAAGCUACCGCGAGACUUAUAUAUAAAAUAUUUGCCAGAAAAUCAUCAUCAAAGAUCAUUUCGGAUAUUUUCAAGCCUCUUACUACUGCCAUGCAUAUGAUACCAUGGAUACGGAACUCGUUGAAGAUACUGUUUGAUGAGUAUAUGCUACAUAUCGGUUUGCAAAGUGUGGAUACGAGAACGCUUCUUUCUACUACUUCUGUCGUGCUAGGACACUUACAACAAUGUGAUAUAACGGUAAAAAUGAAAAUUCGACUCAUAUUCACCGGUUUCGCGAUCUCGUUUCCGGAAUUGAAAAUGCAUCUUCUGGAGAUGGUGGAGAAAGAGGAAUUGGUUGGUGAUGCGUUGGUUCUGGCAUCAGGACAAUUGGGACAUUGGGCUGAGAAUAAGGGAAAAGAAACGCAAGUUGAGGAAUUGGAGGGCUUAUUAAAGAACCUCAAAAAGGAAGGUGCAGGGGAAGGAGCGGGAAGGAGGUUAGGAUUGGUUUGUUUGGAGAAGGGGGCGAGGAGAUGGGGGUGGAGCGAAAAGAGGAAGGAGAGAUUGAGUUCGUAUAAGGAGGACCGAAAUGGCGGAAGCAUGGGCGCGAUGAUUAGAGAGGCGGCUUGGGAUAUUAGGGUGCCUGGGGAGAUUCACGGAGAGGACUCGACAUGA